AUGGCGCUGGGCCAGUGGGACCCUCUGGAGGCCCCAGCCCCCCACCCACAGGGCCCACCUCCACAGCUGGCUAAUGUCUACCUUCUGUAUAAAGAGAGGGGCUCUGACCCCUUGGAUACCAGGAUCCCACACGACUCCAGCAACAAGGCCAGUUUCCUCACUGAAGCUCGGAACUCACCCCACCUCCGUGAAAGGCAGGGCCAACAUCCAAGUGACCAGCACCUGUGUGUCUGUCUGUCCAUCCUGCUGGCCCCACAGUCUCCUUCCUCUGCUCAGCUGAGGCCACAGGGAGAAGAUGCCCUUUGCCCCACCCUCAAGGCCCUGCUCUGCCUCAGGCUGAGUGUGGGCCUCAGGACCCCAGUGCAGGCAGAGACCCUCCCCAAGCCCACCAUCUGGGCUGAGCCAGGCCCUGUGAUCCCCAGCGGGAGCCCCAUGACCAUCUGCUGUCAAGGAACACGAAAGGCUAAGGAGUACCUAAUUUAUAAAGAGGGAAGCCCAGCACCAUGGAAAGAACAGAAGUCACUGAAGCCUGGGGACAAGGCCAAGUUCUCCAUCACACGCAUGACAGAGCGUGAUGCAGGGAGAUAUCGCUGUUACUACCUCAGCCCCACUGGCUGGUCAGGGCACAGUGACCCCCUGGAGCUGGUGGUGACAGGAUCCUCCAGCAAACCCAGCCUCUCAGCCCUGCCCAGCCCUGUCGUGUCCUCAGGAGGGAACGUGACCCUCCAGUGUGGCUCAGGGCAGGGAUUUGACAGGUUCAUUCUGACUAAGGAAGGAGAUCACAGGCUCUCCUGGGCCCUGGAAUCACAGCCACAGCCCAGUGGUCAGUACCAGGCCCUGUUCCGUGUGGGCCCUGUGACCCGCAGCCACAGGGGGACAUUCAGAUGCUACGGCUGUUACAGGAACAGGCUCCAGGUGUGGUCACACCCCAGCGAUGCCCUGGAGCUCCUGGUCUCAGGAAUGUACACGAAACCCUCCCUUUCAGCCCAGCCGGGACCCUCAGUGCCCUGGGGAGCGACCGUGACCUUGCAGUGUGUGUCUGAGAUCUGGUUGGACACCUUCCACCUGCACAGGGAGGGGUCACUGGACCCUCCCCAGCACCUCAGUCUGCAGGACACCUUUGCACCCUCUCAGGCCAACUUCACCCUCAAUUCUGUGAGCUCAGGCCACCAGGGGACCUACAGGUGCUAUGGCUCACACAGCACCUCCCCCUACCUGCUGUCACAGCCCAGUGACCCCCUGGAGCUGCUGGUCUCAG